GGAAAAAAUAAAAUAAAAUAAGUAAAUAAAAAAAUCAAAUUAAAUGGAUUCUAAAUAAUUACCUCAAGUUCCAAUUAACUUAAAGUAAUUCAAUUCUAAAAAGGCUAAAUGGAACUAUUACUAAGACUAAUAAAAUGAAGAAAACGAGAACAAUAACAAAAAGGAAGACUUAGAAUAUGAAGACCCUCAAAACAAUAGAACAUGCCAUAGGAUAAGUACUAAGACAAGAAUGUUCGAAAAAAUCGAAUAAAUAGCUUAAGAAAUAUUUACGAAAUAACAAUCUGAACCAAAGGCAAGAAUUACAAUUGUAACUUUAGGAAAGGCUGUAUUGAAUGCUAUCAUAAUAAAGAAUAUAAUAAUGAAUAAGAUCGAGAACUUGAACUGUAUAAUUGCUUUUAAAAACGAAGUAAUUACAUAAAAAUAUUUACCUAAAAUUGAAGGAUUGAAAGAGGUUACAGAAUAAAAGAAUGUAGGUAAAAUGUAUGUAACUUUUACUUUCGAAAACAGUGAAGAUGUGAAGAAUAAGCCAGGCUUCCAUGCUAGUAUUUAAAGUGAAGGAAAAUACAGCAACUAUUAAGCAUUUAAAGAAUAAUAGGAAAAAAUGAAAAAAGAAAGAACUUCUAAGAAAAGAUAAUGGUAAGAUAAUAAAUAAGAAAGAUAAUCUAAAGGAAGAAAUUAUGGAGGUAAUUCAAGUUAAUAACAAUAAUAAGAUAAUAGAGGUUAAUAAUAAGUUUAAAAAGAUAGAUAGAGUAAAGGAAGAAACUUCUAAAAUAAUGACAGAAAUGAUAAUAAUAGAAAUAAUAAUGAAAGAUAUAAUAAUAAUGAUAGAGGUGGUCACAUAUAAAGAAGUCAAUAUGAUAUACGUGGAAGAUAUUAUAAAAAAAGAAAUGACAAUGAAAGAACUUAUAAUCCUAACAGUAAUAGAGAUAGAGAUGAUUACAAUAGAGGAUAUCAUCAAAGGGAUGAUUACAGGAAUGAUAAUUAAUAUCAUAGAGAUGAUUAAUAACAUCAUAGAGGUGAUUAAUAAUAAUAUCAUAGAGGAGAUUAAUAAUAAUAUCAUAGAGGGGAUUAAUAACAUCACAGAGGUGAAUAAUAGUAACAUAGAAAUGAUAAUUAUCAUAGAGAUGAUUAAUAGCAUCAUAGAGAAAGUAGAGAUUAAUAAAAAUAUUAAUAAUAAGGUUAGGGAAGAGGAAAUAAUUAAUAAUAUAAUAAUAACAACUAAAAUAAUUAGAAUUACAAUACUAAAGGUAAUGAGGAAAGAAGAGAAUAUAAAGGUGGUUAACAUAAGUCUAGAGGUGCUUAAAGAAGAAAUUGAUAUUUUUUUUAUAAAAAUGAUAAUUUUUUAUUAAAUAUUAAAAAUAAAAUUAUUUUUAAAAUACGAAAAAUCAAUAUAUUAUUAGAUAUUUUUAUUUUUUAUUUUUUAUUUUUUUAAUGAUUUGUAAAUCUGAUUUUUCAAUAUU